UUAGUGUUACUCAGUGUGUCAUUAUGACCAGCUUGUGUGUUUUUAUUGAGUUUUAGGGCACAAAUGAAUAUAUUUUUUACAUAUAUUUUAGUGAGAUUAAUAACUGUGACAAUAAUGCGUGCCGAACCUUUUAUACCCGACUAAAUAACAUCUUGGAAUCAUCACGGCUUCUUCAAACACCUCUCUGAUUGAAACCCACCAUGGAGGUUGGGGCACGUGCUUUGGACGUGUUACCUCUCCUACAAGAGCGGGUGGCGGCUCUCACUGGGGGCCGCGACAGACGUGGUGGGCCGAUAGUAUGGUUUCCAGCAAAUUCAAGACGAGACCGUGUAGCUCCAGAUGACUAUAGGCGAUUGUUGCAUUAUUUAAUCAGCAUUCCUAGUGAUUCUGUGAGGACACAUGGCUUUACUAUCUUAAUUGAUAUGAGAGGUUCUGCAUGGGCUGCAAUAAAACCAAUACUGAAAGUUCUACAAGAACAUUUCUCUUCAUCCGUCCAUCAGGCACUUGUAGUUAAGCCUGAUAAUUUCUGGCAAAAACAGCGCACAACGAUAGGAUCCCAUAAGUACAAGUUUGAGACGACGAUGAUUAGCCUAGAAGCACUGCCUAAAGUAAUAGAUAGUACUCAAUUGACACCAGAUUUAGAUGGUACACUACAAUAUGAUCAUGCACAAUGGAUAGAUCUUAGACUGGCACUGGAAGACCUAAUGUGGCAAGCGGGAGAGUUGUUAGAUCGCCUGGACGAUCUGCAGGAAGACGUCGCACGUGCUGAUUUUGCUGAUGACGUCACUGGAGCGAGGCGCGCCAUUGACGCUCACGCCGAUAUUAGCAAACGGCUAUCUAAAGUGCCCGUUGAUGAACUAGAGUCACAAGGCGAGCGAGUCCUGCAACGGCUGGAGGCAGCAGAGGCCGCGUGCUCGGAGGCGAGCGGCAGCGGCGGCGAGUCGGCGUUCCACUGCGGCUCGCCGAGCGCCGUGCGCGCGCAGCUGUCGGCGGUGCGCUCGGCGCACGCGCACGCGCACAAGCUGUGGCAGCACAAGAAGAUGCAGCUCGACCAGUGCUUCCAGCUGCGACUCUUUGAACAGGACUGUGAGAAGAUGCUCGAAUGGAUUGUCAACCACCGCACAGCUUUCUUGUCGACAUACGUUGAAAUCGGUCGAUCGUGUGCUGCAGCGAAACGUCUCCAAGAAGAACACGCUAGGUUCGCUGCAGCUUGCACGGGCGGUGGUCGGCCGAGUGUGGCCCGUGUGACGGCGGCUGCACGGAGACUUGCAGACAAACGACACUAUGCAGAGACUCAGAUUACUUCGCUGGCUCAUAGACUCGAACGGGCUUAUAAACAACUGUCUGCAGGUCUAGAAGAGCGUUCAGCGGUGCUCUCCCUAUCCGUGGUGUUCCAUCACAAGGCGGAGGCCUACGCAUCAGCUGUUGGUGGUUGGGGAGCACAGUGUGCGGUUGCGUUGCAACUGGCUACUGGACAGGGAGGUGCUCCGUGCAGUGAUCCGCGUGCGUUGGAACAGCAUGCACAACGGCACAGACAGCUGUACGAGCACAUGUGCCAGGCGUACACUGAGGUUCACUCGACCAGCAAAAAACUGUUGUACCAACUUGACCAUUUAGUUCAAGUUUGCCAUCAGACAGAUCCUGCUGAUAUGCAGAAGGAUGGUUCAGUAAGUUCAGCGGUCAGCAGUGGAGGCGAUCCGGCCGCUGACUACAGUUCGGGCGCUAACCACGUGCUCGCCGUGAUACAUCAGAUCCUGGGCCAUCAUAGAGCGCUCGAAGCCAGGUACCACCAGGCGAGGCUGAAGCUGCACCAGCGACUGGCGUUAUUGCUGUAUAAGGAGGAUUGUAGACAGGUCCUUGACUGGCUCACGAACCACGGCGAAGUAUUCCUGCAGAAAAACACGGGCAUCGGAAGAAAUCUGCAUAAAGCGAGAGUGUAUCAGAAAUCGCAUGAACAUUUCGAAAACGUUGCGCAAAACACGUACACAAACGCCGAGAAGCUUCUAUCAGCGGCGGAGGAACUGGCGCGCUCUGGUGAAUGCGAUCCCGAGGAAGUGUUGGGCGUGGCUCGGGAACUAGAAGCGCACGUGGCUGCGUUCGCGGCGCGGGUUGAUAGACGUCGCCGUAGACUGGAUCUUGCUGUGCUGUUGUAUACGCAUGAGAAGGAGUUACUGCAAUGGCUGGAGACGCUGCGCGGCGGCGGCGGCGUGUGCCCCGCGGACGACAGCCCCGAAGCAGCGCGGCGUGCGCUCGAGCAGUGCGCGCAGCACCGCGCCGCGAGCCUCGACGCGUGCGCAGCUACCAUCGCGCAGGGGGAGGCGCUGUUGCAGGACCUCAGGUCAUCUGGGGAUUCGGAUACAGCGAGCACGUCAGCUGUGGAAACCACCCUGGAACGUUUGCGGGGAACUCGGAGUGCCCUCGAGGAACUGUGGUCAGAUCGCGAGAGGCGUCUUGAGCUUACUCUACAAUUGCGACAUUUCGAGAGGGAUGCACUAGAGGUGUCGUCUCGGCUUGAGUUAUGGGGCGACGAGUUGCAGCGCAGUGAGCCUCCGCGCGACCCGCAACAGGCGGAACAAGCUCUCGCGGCUCACAACGAGAGCGUGGCUAGGAUGCAACAUGCUACCUUCCAGGUAGUCCAACAAGGCCAAGAGUUGGCCGCUGCAAUCGCGGAAGCGUCAGACGUGAUGGCGUCCAGCUCUGACAGCUCCGAGGGUGCACCACUAGACGCGCAGGCCCGUGUUCAACUGCUGCUGGAGUUCCUGCAUGACAGGCAGCUGGACCUGGAGGAGCUGGCUGAGGAGAGACGGGCGAGGUUCGAGCAGUGCGUGCAAUUGGGACAAUUCCAAAAAGACGCAGCACAAGUUGUGAGCUGGAUACGCAACGGCGAAGCGAUGUUGGCCGCGUCCUUCUCCAUACCGGGAACGUUGUCUGAAGCCGAACAAUUGAAGCGCGAACACGAUCAGUUUCAAGUGGCUGUAGAGAAAACCCACGCUAGCGCUGUGCAAGUCAAAUACAGGGCGGACGCCCUACGUGCUGCUAAUCAUUACGACCCGCAUACUAUAAGAGAGAUAUCUGAAGAGGUGACUGAGCGAUGGCAGCGUCUGGUGACGUGCGCCGAGGAACGUCACAAGCUCGUGACCGCAUCGCUCAACUUCUACAAAACGGCGGAACAAGUCUGCUCCGUACUCGAUUCGCUUGAGCGGGAAUACAGAAGGGAUGAAGACUGGUGUGGCUCUGGUGCCGCUAUUUCGACCACUACACCUAAUUCUGAUGAUACGCAAACGCUACAACAGAGCUUGGAUAAAGCUGCUCAGGUCGCAGCGCUUAUAGUAAAGCACGGGGAGCAGAAGGAGGCGUUCCUCAAAGCGUGCACGCUGGCCCGACGCACCGCUGAGACGUUCCUCAAGUACGCGGCGAGAUCUGCUCAAGUGCACGGUCAAACUGCGGCGGCUAGUAAGGCGCACCAUGAACAGACACGCGCUAUACUUGACACGCUAUUGGCACAGGAGAAUAAGGUCCUGGAGCACUGGACGGUGCGCAAGAAGCGUCUCGAGCAGUGCCAGCAGUUCGCGCUGUUCGAGCGGUCAGCGCGCGCAGCGGUGGAAUGGAUCCGCGAGACGCAAGAGCGGUGCGGUGCGGCGGCUGCGGCCGCGGCGGCGGGCGUGGCGCGCGAAAGCAGAGAGCGCGUGCGCUUGCUGGCCCAGCUCGCGGACGGGCUGGUGGAGAAGGGACACCCGCAUGCCGUGCAGAUCAAGGAGUGGGUGGCCGCUGUGGAUGCUAGGUAUGCCGAGUUCAGCGGUUCCAUGGAAGGCGGUGAAGCGGAAGUGGAGAGCGACUCCGGUGUGGCUCCGUCGCUAGCGUCAACUCAAUCGGAGAGCGAGGUGCGUGUGGAGCCGCAACCGCCCGCCGCGGGCGAUGAAAAGAGACGCAGCGCUAGGAGGAAGGAAUUCAUCAUGGCCGAGCUGCUGCAAACGGAGCGAGCGUACGUCAAAGAUCUGGAAACUUGUAUCACUGGAUACUUGCGUGAGAUGCGCACUGAUCCCGCUUCUGUACCGGUAGCGCUACAGGGCAAGGAGGAGCUGAUAUUCGGCAACAUAGAGGAGAUCCACCGUUUCCACGAGCGCAUAUUCCUGCGCGAGCUUGACAAGUACGAGGCGUGGCCCGAGGACGUGGGCCACUGCUUCGUGACAUGGGCGCGCCAGUUCGACAUGUACGUGUCGUACUGCCGCAACAAGCCGGACAGUAAUGCGGCGGUCGUGCAACAUGCGGGCGAUUACUUUGAGAGAGUGCAACGUCGUAAGAAAUUAGAGCAUCCCUUGGCAGCAUACCUGAUCAAGCCGGUGCAGAGAAUUACCAAAUAUCAACUGCUUCUGAAAGACCUGCAAGCUUGUUGUGCUGAGGGCCAAGGAGAAAUCAAGGACGGGUUGGAUGUUAUGCUGUCGGUGCCCAAGAAGGCGAACGAUGCGAUGCACCUGUCGAACCUCGAGGGCUGUGAUGUUCCAACGGACAGUCUCGGCGAAGUUGUCCUCCAAGACUCGUUCCAAGUGUGGGACCUGCGGCAGAUCAUCAAGAAGUGCCGCGAGCGGAGAGUGUUCCUGUUCGAUCUCCAUCUCCUCCUCGCCAAGGAGGUCAAAGACACGCACGGAAAGGCGAAAUACAUUUACAAGACGAAGUUUAUGACAUCCGAGUUAGGUGUCACCGAGCACAUAGAAGGUGACGAGUGCAAGUUCUCCGUGUGGACGGGGCGGGAGCCGAUGGCGAGUGACUGCCGCAUCAUGCUCAAAGCUCCCUCGCUGGAGGUCAAGCAGACGUGGGUCAGGCGGCUUCGGGAGGUCAUACAGGAAACUUACUUCAGUGGAGCGCUUCAUCAACCGCCUCGCAGUCCCGCGCGAGUUCGGCCAACGAGCUCUCAGAGGUCCAGCCGCGACUUCGAAGACACGGACACUGAAAAUCUCGAUCGCAAUUCACUGGCUUCCUUCGGCAGCGGGAACACCACGGACUCAGACAAGGCUGGACCGGAAAUGACAUGGGUGGUCGCGGAGCACACGUCCGGCGGCGCCGGCGAGCUGACAGUGUCGAAGGGGCAGCAAGUGGAGGUGCUGGAGUCGUGGCAGGCGCGCCCCGACUGGUGGCUGGUGCGCAUCCACGGCGACCCGCCGCAGGAGGGCGCCGUGCCCGCGCUCGUGCUCAAGCCACAGCCCCACCACAAGACCUCGCCCUCGCGCCAACCGCUGCCCACCACCGACGACGGAAUAGAGGCGUCGUCGUCGGAUCCCGGAGGGGCGGUGAGCGUGGCCAGUCCUGGAAAACAUCGGAAGGGGAUAAUACCGAGGCGGUGGAUUCCGCGUCCGAGCAAGUCGCAAGGAAAAGCUGAAAAAGCGCUAGCCGGAGCCAAGUCGCCCGCGGAAAAACCGGCUCUGAAGAAAGUGUUGUCUGAAAAGAAACUGAAGAAUCUGGUUGUGCAGUUGCCGUACACGGACAACGGGCGCGCCGAGGAGGCCGGCGAAGGGAGUGUGGCCGCCGCGCUCGACGAGGGGGAGGACGACGCGCCCGACGUCGAGCUGCCGCCGCCGAUGAAGCCGCUACAGAACCCGCCGGUGCUGCAGCAGCCGCCCACGCCCGCGGCGGCCGCGGCGGCGCCCACUACGCGCAACUCGUUGGCAAUGGACGCGCUGGAAACUAACGGUGGUCCCGCGGAUAUCGCCGAGAUAGAACAAAUUGUCAAGGAAAAAAUGGAACAGCAUGGUGGAGCGGCUACCACUUCAGGCCGCUCGGAAGGCGAUGAAGAGCCGAGUUCCGCAACGCCGGGCGGCGAGAGCAGCGAGAGCACUCUGAAGAAGCGGGAAUACGUUCUUCGAGAGCUGUACGAAACCGAAGAGGUUUACGUCUCCGAUCUCAGACUCGUCUGCGAGGGAUAUAUGAAGCACAUGAUGGAUCCCAACGCUGACCCACCCAUCCCAGAAGGUCUCCGCGACCGUCGGUUACGCAUGAUCUUUGGCAAUAUCGAGGCUAUUUACGAAUGGCAUCGCGAUAAGUUCCUCCGUGAGCUGGAGGGAUGUAUCGAGUCCCCGGAGUUGUUGGGGCCGCUGUUCCGCCGGUUCCUGGAGAAGAAGAUGUUCCUGUAUGAAGCUUACUGCCGCAACAAGCCGGUGUCUGAGUACAUCGUGUCGGAACACGAACAUUACUUCCAGGAGCUUAGGCACAAACUGGGACACAAAUUGCAGCUCGGCGAUCUGCUGAUCAAGCCGAUCCAGCGCAUACAGAAGUACCACCUGCUGGUGAAGAAGAUCCUCAGCUACUCGGAGGUGGCCAACGAGCCGCCCAACGUGAUCGACUCGCUGCGUGACGCCGUGCAGUGCACCUCCAUCAUACCCAAGAACGCCAACGACAUGAUGGACGUGGGCCGCCUGCAAGGCUUCACGGGCAACAUAGCGGCGCAGGGCAAGCUGCUGUUCCAGGAGCCGCUGAUCGUGUCGGAGGGCACGAGCGACAAGGGCAAGGAGCUGCACGUGUUCCUGUUCCAGCAGUGCAUGAUAUUCACCGAGCCGGUCGGCAAGCGCACGCAGUUCACGAGCCCCACCUAUCACUACAAGGCGCACGUGCAGUUGCAGGUGAACAAGAUGCGGCUGGAGCACGAGGAGGGCAGCGGCGCGUUCGUUGUGCACUCGGUGAGCGGCAAGGAGCGGCCGCGCUCGUUCGUGUGCCGCGCGCCCGAGGCCCGCCGCCACCACUGGAUCUCGACGCUCUCCAGCAUCCUCGAGUCGCAGCUCAUCUUCGGCUUCCGCCUCGAGAACCCGAGCGCGUUCAUGAACGACGAGCCCGCCACGCAGCCCGCCGCUGAUUGUUGGUGGGGGCUCCGCAAGACGGAGAGCGUGCCGCCGUCGCUGGGCGAGCGGCUGGCGGGCGAGGGGGGGCGCACGCAGCGGCCGCACGCCAAGGCCAACACCAUCAACCUGCCCACCAGCGCGCGCGACGACCACAAGAAGGCGUCGCCCAGCUCGCCCACCGCGCCCGCCGCCGCCAGCCCCACCUCGCCGCCGCACGCCAACGGCUUGUCGAAGCGGGCGUGGGGGCUGAAGCUGCGGCGCGGCGGCGGCGGCGAGCCCAGCGACGGCGUCGUCACCGAGCUGCGGCCGCCCGAGCUGCUGGAGCCGGCCGCCGACGUGACGGUGGCGCCCGGCGCGUCCGCCGUGCUCUCGUGCCGCGCCAACGCCACGCGCGCCACCGCCUCCUGGCGCAAGACGGCGCCCGAGACGCGCGCGCUGCGCCACGGCGGCCGCUUCGCCAUCACGCUCGCGCCCGACGGGCUCGCCUCGCUCACCAUCCACGCGUGCCGCGCCUCCGACGCCGGCGUCUACUGCUGCCUCGUGGGCAACGAGCUGGGCGGCGUGCAGACCUCCGCAAGGCUCACCGUGGGCUCCGGGGGCACGCCCGGCAUACCUGCGGUCCGGGCACACCCUGGCGGUGGCCUAGUCGUGCAUUGGGACGAGCCGGAGGCGGCUCAUCUAGAUUACUGUCGCGUCGGAGAAGGAGAGUGGAGACGUGCCACAGAGACUCCGGCUGCGGCCAAUACCUUAGCGUUAGAAGAAUUACCCGCCGGCCAAUACAGCUUUCGAUUGAUUUGUGUGCGGAGUGGGGCGGCCGGUUCCGCAUCAGAACCUGCAGCCUGCGGGGGAGGUGGAGGCUGGCAGCGGGAACAGUUUUCUCGACGAUAUUCUAUUGAAGAAGAGAUCGGAAGAGGCCGGACCGCGCGGGUACUCGCAGCCCGCGAUACCGGUACAGGACAACGUGUCGCUUUAAAACAGGUGGUGGCGGGUCGCGGCGCGGACGCGAUGCGCGAGUACCGCAUCCUGUCGCGCGGCGCGCACGGCGCGGUGGUGCGCGCGCUGGCGCUGUUCGCGGAGGUGCCGCGGCCCGGCGCCAACACCAUCGUGCUGGAGCUGGUGGCGGGCGGCGCGCUGCUCGACUGGGCGGCCGCCAACCCGCACACGUACACGCAGCGCACCGUGGCCACGCACACGAGGCAGCUGCUCUCCGCGCUCGACUGGCUGCACUCGAACAAUGUCGCUCAUUUGGAUGUCAGGCCGGAGAACAUCCUAGUGGAGCUGGGUGGUACGCAAGCGCAACUGAAGCUAGUGGACUUCGGGUCGGCGGUGGAGACGGGCGGCGAGGCGGAGGCGACGCGCGGCGCGACAGUGCUGCCGCCGGCGCCCGCGCAGCUCGAGUUCGCGCCGCCCGAGUGCGUGCUGGGCCGCCCGCCCGCGCCCGCCUGGGAUGCGUGGGCGGCCGGCGUGUUCCUAUACGUGUUCCUUACUGGGUUGUCGCCGUUCCUGGACGAGUCGAUAGAAGAGACGACGGCGAACAUAAUAAAGUGCGACUACUGCUUCCCGCCGGAGCACUGGGCGGGCGUGGAGGAGCGCGCGCAGCUGCUCAUCCGCGCGCUGCUGGACGCCGCGCCCGCGCGCCGCCGCACGCCGCGCGACGCGCUCGCCGACACGUGGUUCGAUGAGGCGCCCAACACGAGUUUGUCGGCGACGCAGCUGAAGACGUUCCUGGAUCGGCGGCGGCCGUCGGGGCACGGCAACGCGCUGCACUCGCUGCGCUCGCCCAACGACACCUGACGGAGCGGCGCCCCCGCGCCCGGCGCCCCCGCCCCCGCUGCCCCCGCGCUCUCGAGCCCGUGACGCACGUACCGCACGCCCGCACGAUGAGCCCGUCUCCUCUCACUCACACGUGGCCUCUUCUCCACUCUAUCGACAGAACGCAAAGGCAUUCUCGUAGCCCCAAUGUUGUGACGACAUAUUUCUAAGACUUAAUUUGCAAAGAGCUUAGCUGAAUGAACGCGCAGACGUUCGCCCGUUCCGACGCCCGGCCGCCGCGCCGAGCCGCUUCGAAGGCUCGUCUCUAGGUGUAUCGAAUAGUCAUUUGUGCCCACCUCUCGGUUUCGUUGUAUGAGCGAAAUCCCUGCGAUGUAUUUUCACGGUUUAUUUAGUCGAUUAUAUUGUAUUAUGCCAAAUAAAAUUCGCUUUUUACCGAGUGUAGAUUAUAAUGGACCAGUGGCACGCCGCGAUCAGACAUGUAGUCUCGACUGAAAUCUUCACAGAUUUUAUGUAUUCCGAUGGCCUAACUUAGACAGUUAAUUAAGGUAACAUUACGUAAAACUGGCCGUAUUAAGGAAAGUGUCUGUGAUUUUUGCUAAUUAAUAUUUCAUGCUUAUUCCUAAUUUUUACCUGUGUACUAAAUACUUUUAAUUGUAUAUAGCACUAAGUUUUAGCGAUUAUAAUAUUAUAGUUCUUAUUUUAGUUUUUGACCAAAUUGCAAAUUUUAUCCUAAAUGAAAUUUAAAAUGGAUCACUUUGUAUUGGUGACAUAUUACUAAUAAGACAAUAGUGGUCAGUACACUCGAUGAAUUAUUGUUGCGAUGACUUUUUUCGAUUUCAGUAUUAUAUUAUUGUGUCACGCUAAUUUUUAGUCUUUAGUCAAAUGAAUAUUAAUUAUAUAAAUGUAUUUUAUUACAAUUUAAUUUUACCUUACGGGGAAAUGUUAUUUUCUAAGCCUAUUCCGCUUUUGACAUAUUAUUGUUCGUAAAUGUAGUUCCAAUUAAUUUUAAAUAAGAAAUCAGAAAUCCAAUUUUAAAAUUUUAUUUUUGCAUGUUAGUUUCGUUUUUUAGAUUGAAAUCAUGAACAAAAAAUAUUGUACGCUUAUUUUAUUCACAUUGUGAUCAUUGUAAUGAAUUAAAAUGAAUUCAAUUUUAAUAAAAUGUAUUUAUUGUGACAAACACGUGUGUACGGAAAGGUUUUGUAGUGAUAUUCAUUUCAAUCCAUUUUUCUCAAUUGCAUAACUUUUUUUCUGUCUGAUGUUAAAAAUAAUCAAAGCUUGAACCGAAACUCAUGAAAAUCCCGGAGAAUAAAGAUAUGCUUUAAAGUUAAUCGAUAGUUUAAUUACUUCGUGUAUACGAUAUAAUGGUUAUAGAUUAUAAUUAGACCUCUAAAGUAAUUAUUACCUUUAGCACUGUUAUAAAACUGGCUUCUACACCAUAUUUAUUGUGUUAAAUCUUCAAUUUAUGAUAUUUACUUUUUCAAUACGUUUCAAAAUGCCUUAUCGCGACACUAUAUAAUCUAUAUAUAAUAUGGAACCGUAGUUCAUCUCAAAAUAACGGCCAUGUUAAAGAAACAGCAAAAAUGAUGGCGUAUAAAAUACCUGAAAUCUGGUUUUAUACAAGCUCAAGGUUAGAGUGGUAUAAAGGAACACUCAUAAAAUGGGUCUUUACACCCUUUAGUUUUAAUUACGUCUGUGUUAUAACGAUUAUUAUACUGCGCCUAUAUACCUAGCUAUAGUGGUAAGAAACUAAGAAAUCCGCACACAAGUCGCGUAGUUUCGCCGUAUUCCCACACGACGAUCAUCGCAUUAUCAGUGUACCUAACAUUACGACUCGUUGUAGUACUGAUGUAUCUAUAUGAAUUACGGUAUAAUAAAAUUCAAUAUAUAAUUUUAUGAAAA